AUGGCGUCUGGUGAUGGGGAUGACUCACUUUACCCGAUUGCUGUACUUAUAGAUGAACUGAGAAACGAAGAUGUUCAGGUACUGAAAUAUUCCUUGUUAGUUUUUUGUUCGUUUUUUUCCUUUCUUGAGUUAUUUCGUGAAUGGUUUUAUCUUCUAAUGUGCGUGAGCUUCCAGUCAAAGGGCUGAUUUUUGUUGUAAAACUUUAUAGCUGCGGCUGAAUUCCAUCAAGAAACUAUCGACUAUUGCCUUGGCUCUGGGGGUAGAAAGAACAAGAAGUGAACUUAUACCUUUCCUUACAGGUAAAUUAACUUGUGGAGUGAAUAAGCGGUUGAAUUGAAGGAAUUUAGGAUUGAUUUGCGAGGAAGUAUAAGCUUACAUUUCUCCGAUCUUGAAUUUGGGAAUGGUAUUCUGAUAGCAACCAAAUUCGCAAAAUUAUUUUUAUUUGUUUGUGGUCACGAAGUCGUUUCACUUUAAAUCAAUUUCACAAGUGUUGUUUUCGCCUAGCUACUUAAAAAUCCUCUUCUAUUUUUAUCAUGAGCAGUUUGAUACUUGAGUGUAAGCUUAUCUUUUUUUCUUAGCUCAAUAUAUUCUGGAAAACUUUUUCUUAGAUUGACAGUGCCCAGUUCGUUUUGUAGUGUUCUUGUCGGCAUGGACUCCAACAGCUUACUGCACAGACUUUAUUUGGGAGAAGAUUACUGGAAUCAUGUAAUUCAUAUAAUAAUGUAUUUAUUAAGAAAUAAGACUCAAAUACAGUCUAUCUUGAGCACAGCUACAUGUCUUCUAGACUAGUAGACCUAUUAGUGCAGUAAGAUAAGAGCAUACAUUCUAGUUUCUUCGUUUGAUUAUUUCAAGUUUUCUGCAUUGUAAGGGUAGCUUGUUAAUCAGGCAGUUUCCAAAAUGUUUGGUUGUUCAAAUACAGUGAAAUUACCAACCAACCCCCAUAAGCGACCACCUAUUGAAAAAGCCAAAAUUUUCUCAAUCAAAUCACUAGAGAUGGAACCUCUAACUUGUAAACAACCACAUCUUGUAGGCAACCACAACCACUCUUUUGGAUGACGGUUUUAGAAUUUUCCAUUGUUUUUAUCCUCGUCUAAGCGAUCACUCAAGGCAUGGUUUGAUCCCUAUGUUUGCUGUAUGUACUACAGUGUAAAGAACUUUAGAGGUGACAUGAAACAAUGCAUAUCAUGAAGAAGGAAUUACAUGCUUUGAACUGACUCUUUGAACUGACUUUGUGUGGGACCAGUUAUUUAAAUAACUGAGAAGAAAGUUCUGCCUUUGUAAUGACAUCUGCAAAUUGGUAGACUUUCUAGUCUUCUGGGAUAAGGAUGAAAAACCGUAAGUCCUGUCUCACAACACUUUCACUGAUUUGUUCUUGCGGGAUGUAAAAGAACCCAUAUCACUUUUCGACAAGAGUAGGGGUUGUAGACGUAAGCUGUGUGGCCAACCUUUACGGGUUGAGGGAUUGGGUAGGGAUGGCACCUUGCAUGGGACCUGAGUCCCAUUUGUGCACAUUCCCUCUGGGCAGGCUUGUCUCCAGAAAAGCUGGUUUAAAAAAAAAAAAAAAAGAACGCACAGAGCAAAAGCACUUGUGUGUACAAGCAAACAGGCAAGGUUAAGUUUACUUUUUUUACUUUACUUUUUUUUUUAUUUUUUUACUUUUUUACAAGUAAAUCGUAGGCAUGGCCACCGGGCAUCUGUUAGGCAGCAGCCUUGGGAUUUGUUCAAAACUAACAAAUAUUAGCUUCAUAAAGUCAAGGAAUUGUAGAGUUUUACUUUUACUGUAUUAAUCCGCCAAGGCGUUAACCAUCGUGCAGAUGUUGUUUGUAUUGUGGGGGAGGGUUCCUGGGGGGAUUUCGUGCCCCUCACCAUACAAACAUCUUACAGAUUUUAUUGACUUCAUGGAGCAAUACCAUUGCUCUGUUUGGGUGUAUUUCCUUUAAAUUGGUAAGUUUCCUUAUUUUAGGUAGAAAAAGGAGAAAAAAUGUGUAAGGGUCCACAAGUAUUCUUUCCCAAAAUGUAGAAUAGUGUUUGGACCUCUAUUACGAAGAGACUCCUUUUGGUUUGCAUCUUGUAAAUGACCACCUCAGGCAAGGGACCACUAAAUUUUUGCAUUUUGGGUGGCGGCUUAUGGGAAGUUUGAGUUUAUUAAUUAACUUGUUCUACAACAUGAAAGUAAAUCCUUCAAACUUUUGAUUUAUAUUUACCAUUUAAAAAUAGUGGCUGAUCCAGUCCAUGAGACCAAGUGACUGACACUUGCCACAUUCACAUUUAUUCUUACAACUUCUACAUUAGUUUGUAGUACAUGUGUAACUGCUGGUAAGUCAAAUUUCACAAUAAUUGUUAAUUUUGUUACAUCACUCCUGACUGGAAGGUUUGUGUUUCCAAUUUAGAUACAAUUUAUGACGAAGAUGAAGUUUUAUUGGCUCUUGCAGAGCAGGUAUGUAUUUUGAUUAGUUAGACCCUGCCAUCAUACAUGUAAAACUUGUUUUUGCAUUGUGAGAAGUCAGUUAAAUAUUUGUACAGAGAUCAUAGGCCCCAUUUCAAUCAAACUUGAUGUGCUUUUGAUGGCAACUUUGCAACCGACUGCAUGUACCAACUCAUCAUCACGUCUUUGGAUAUAAUGAUGAUGUGUUGUUUGGUUUCUUUUUUGUAGCUUGGUACAUUCACCCCAUUGGUUGGUGGACCUGAAUAUGUGCACUGCUUACUGGUAAGUUCUCUUAAACAGUGACUUUGUAGUCGACUAUUGCCAUGCCAAAACUUCCUUAUCACAGAGGGAAGGACAGAGGGUGUAGGAGGAAAAAGAUAAUAUACAAUGUAUUAUAUAAAAUACGCCGGAUAUAUACAGAACAAUCAAUAAGAAUCUUAAUUACAAAAGCCUGCGAGGUACAACACUUGGAGGGGAAACUGAAACUAUAACAUGAAACAAAAUAUAUAUAAGAGUUCAUAAAAUGUCCCUAUAAGGCACUGCUGGGAAACAUUGUUUGAACAAAAAAGUCUGUCCACCAGAGGCAAGCAUAAAUGCAACAUGUAAGGGUCAGACCACCAGUCUCUUUGGAGUUUGAUGAGUUCAGCUGGAAUUCCGCACUUGAAGAUGAAUGUAGCGACUGCACGACAUAGACUCACUGGAGAAAUCCUGAGGAUCCAAAGAGACCAAAGAAGCUAAGCACUUGAUACUAGUGUUGAGAGACUUCGCUGUGAUGCAGUCUAACUGGUUGGAAGUGAUUGUGUAGGUGAAGAGAGGGUAUGUGGCGGGAGCGCAAACGUAGGGCAGUGGUGAUCUUGGCAUGUUAGGAACUGGAACAACAAGAGUUUUUGUGCGAGUGACAGUGAGAAGGGCACCAGAACUGGUGAACAUGAGGCUACCUCAAGAUAACACAAAGUGUGAAGAAAAGGUGUCCAGAUGCUGAAAGCAGGGUGCAAAGAAAGUCAGUUUUACAGCCUGCCAUUCGCACAAGCUGUAGCUAGCAUGCAGUAGCCCACAAGUCAUUUCAACUAGCCCCAAAACCCUUUUUGAUUAGCGAGAUUGAUUGCAAUCCUUCUGUAAUUUGAAUUUCCCCAAAAAACCACACUUGUCCGUUGGGCAAGUUAAGAACAAAUAUCUCUAGCCCAAUAGCAAAAUCCACUAGCCCUGGGCUAUUAGACACGACUUUCUUUGCAUGCUGGGUGAUAGGGGAGCUUUGCAGGGAGGAACGUGAAUCAUAGACUUUUCUUACCCUCUCUGUGUCAAAAUGGUCAAGGACAUGCAAAUGAUGGAGAGUACUUAGAUCUAUUGUUUAUAGUCUGAUAUGAAGCGAUGGAAACACUGACCAAAGUGACAAAAGCAGUAAUGGUGGACAGGGAGGCAGGAAAUGGUCAAAGCUCAUAAAAUUGACAGAUAAGAGUUCCACACUGAACGAGAGUUUUGUGUAGUGGCAUUCGAGAGGGUGAAUGCUUGGGCUUAGAGAAUGUGAUGUUGCAGAUCGCUGUGAUGGAAACCUGAAACAAAGCAAACAGGGGGUUACCACUGGCAUUUGAACUGAGACAAAUCAAAGGAACAAAAGUACUCGGACAAAUUCUCGCAAUAAAGGGAUGCGGUGUCAUAAAAGAAGGUAAAAAAAAAAACGGGAUCAGUAUCCCAGCGACAAAGAAUUGACGAGAGUGUUCUUGCUGGCUAUGGACAAUGCGCAUAGCUCAAAAUUGAAGAGGGAAGAAUAAAACCAAAGCUCACGCAGAUAUGACUGAAUGAAAGGGACACGAGAAUGACCUGAAAUGAUGGCAAGUUCAGUGUUCUGACUAUAAGUACUGACCAAUAUCCAUUAACCACAGAGCUCCUGGGAGGUUCGAGGGGUAGAUCUAAAAACAGAUGAAAUUCCAGAUCAAGGCACCAUUGUAGAAGCAGAAGCUACUGAGAUAGAAGAAGGUCUUUAGAUGAUGGACACAGAAACCAGAGUGCAGUUGAUUUAAAUGAGGGCUUUGAGUCAGUUACUUUUGAAUCAAUUGAAGUUGAUGCAUGUGAUCCUCCAAACUGAAAUACCGUGUAAUACGAAGCAUGAAGUGUUUGUUGAAGUAAACAUUGACCUCCACACAGAAAGCAAUCAACGUGCUGCACUUAUAGCAAAGUUAGACACAGGAGCACAAGGAACGCUUUUGCCCCUCAUAUUGUACAUUAUGUAUCAUCCUAUGUUUCCUCAAAACUUAGCAGUGGGUGGACUUCCAAAGUUAGUACUCUCUGUACAGUACAUUCAGCUUAUGAUGGUGUUAAGCUUGUGCAGUGUGGAACAUGCAGGAUCACAUGUGAAUUCUUAGGCCGAAAAUUGCAACCGUCUUUGUUGCUGAAGCAGAAGGUCCGGCCCUCUUAAGUCUACAAUGUACCAACAGCACAUCACUUCAACCUCAUUACAUUCAAGGGUUCUGUGCUGAAGAAUUCAGUUAAAGCCCAUGACACCCAUGGAUUAUUUGCAUCUUUUUGAGCCAAGCGCGAAGGAGCUGCACCCAGGCCAGCCACUCCCUCACAUUCCAGGCCAAAAGGAGCCAGAGCAAAGGCAGCCACACCCUUGCUGGCCAAUCUUGAGACACACCCUUACAACUGUUAACAUCAAGACAACCCACUGCUCUUAAAGAUACUUGUAAGGUAGAUUUGGUGAACAGAUAACAACCUUUAACCUACCAUUGGUUGUUCCUGAUUCUUUUAAAUGCUGUUUGGCUUUAAGACACAAUAGACCAGACCUUUUAAGGCUGUGUAGGUGUGAAUGGCCAAUGAUUUUGUUUAUGCUUUGAUAGAGGAAAAACAGACAAGUGUAAGAUUAAGCAGAAGAAGAAAAUUUUCUGUGGCAUCAUCUCUUCUGAAGAUGGGUUCAACCUGACCCUGAUAAAGUUUCAGCCCUAAAGAAGAUGGCACCCCCACCAAUGCAACUAAAAACAUUGAUAAAAUAGGCAAGUUGAGGAGAAGAGCAGCCUGUUUGAUUCCUUGUUGUUAGUGGAAGAAGUGAGUGUACCCAGAUCUGGGUAGUGACACUUCACCAGUGUGGAAUAUUUAUGCUCUUUUCUCAGAGGUCAUUUGCAGGAAGCCGUUGGUGGUGUCACAAAGUGUUGGCUGUUUUCUCGGACUUAAGUUUAGUGUGGAGGGUUGUAAUUUUAUCUUUAUAAACUUGCUAAUGCAAACCUAAAAAUAAACCUUAAAUAAAAAUUUUAUUUAGCUUUAUUUAUUUGGAAAGCAUUACACCAAGAAGGUCCUUAAAGGUCAAAUGAACCAAAAAUUCGACAUUUUUUAUUUUAGUUCAAUUCUAUCGAAAUGUGUUUAACAUGAACCAAAUAAACAUACUAUGAAGUUUCAGCUCAAUUGAAGCAAGCAUCUGCGAGAUAUUCGCAAUUAAAAAUUGCUGUUUUUGGCCCUUAUCUUCGUAGAGCGGUCAGAAAAAUUGUCGGAAAAAACAGCUUGUGACUUCAAUGUUGGUCAGGUGAAAAAAAGCGGGAAAUUCAAAACAGAGUUUUUCGAGUCGACUUGGCGCAGAGUGGUUUGUGCGGCCAUAAACCUGGAAAGAACAGGCAAUUUGUCUUCAAAAGUUGCAAGCUGUGGUUAUAACCUUCUUAUUAUUGAAUUUGCUCGAAGAAUACAUCAUAGUAAAACGGACUUUAACGACAUUUACUAAUUUCCUUGAGUUGUGCUGGAAAUGUGCGUGCGCAAGUAAGAUUUUUUUCAAGAUGCAUUCACAAAAUGUGUUCAUAUAAGGAAGUUCCGGGAUAUAUAAGGUCCGGAGCUCCACCGUGGACACAAAAACAAAAUAUCUUUGUAUAAUAAUCUGCCCAAAGAAAUUCAAGUUUACCCACAAUGUGUUUGAAGUCACUGAACUUUGUCGCACUCGAGCUGAUAAUUUAAAACCCACGCUCCAUCGGACACUUCCAGCUUCGCAGAACACUAAAAUGUAAACAAAAUCCUCAAUGUAGAAGUUUUGGCGUUGAUAUGUGGGCAGAAAAAGAGUUAAUCUUUAUCUAGUAAAUCUUCCCCAAGAUCGGUUUCAAAGCAACCAUAGUUUUUUAAACUUGAUCGUUUUGCGCAGAUUAAUUUUGACAGGAACCGAUUAUCGGCUCCUGAUUUUGCUUUGUGUUGUCAAGUUGAACAUGCAUAACAUCUGUUAAAAACCUACGCGUAAGUAAGAUUUCUUUCAAACAAAGUUAAAGUUAUGUUAUUGCAAAAACUUCUUUCCAAUUAUGUAUAAGAUUUAAUUACCGAUUGAGGUCACUUUAAGGACCACAGACGCCACUUUAAGCAGGCAAAGAGAUGCGACAGGCAAACAACAAUUCCAUCAUGCAUAAAAUUCAGCAUAAGUUAACUAAAAAAAGCUUCAAUAAGGUUGCAAAACAACAAAUUUUCAGUAAAAAAACAUAAGGCUUAAGGCUCUUAUACCUGAUGACAAAGAAGAAGUGAAUUUUCUGUACGGAAACAACCUACCUAAAGAUCUUGAAAGAAAAAGAUUAGUUGCAAGCGUCGAAGCCAAGCCAUGAUUCCGACUACUUAGCUAGAUUAACUACUUUUUUUUUAGUAAUAACUGGUCCAUGCGAGGGUCUUCAUUCAAGCAAAUUAAACUCAGCAAACUGAAUCAUUAGAAAAUACAGAAAACUGCACAUAAGGAUUUAUUUUGCUCGCUUCAGUCAAACCCAGCUCCAGCAAUUGUUUACGGGCAAAGAGUCGAUUGUUUUGGAGUCACUGUCGGCAGUUGUAGUUCUCCGCUACUUCACAGCGAGAGAAAGGAAAAUUUGCGCUAUACAGAAAGAUAACAAAACUAUGUAAUUAAAACUGAAAAAACUAAAGGGAAAAAACUCUGACUAUUAUUACCUGAGCAACAGAAAAAUGAUCGAAGUAGUCUUUUCUUCUCGAGUAAGCUUGCUGGUCUUCUAAAAUUCCGAGGAAGUUUUAAGCGCUCAAGUUUGUUCACUCGCAAGCGUUAGCAUUACGGUUCCUUGACAUAAGACAAGGAUAAAGCUGGUUCUGCAAAGGUAAAUAAAUCUGGGAAUUUAAAAAACUAACCGUAACUACUAAUAACAGAAUACAAGCGGGUUUUAAUUCAGUCCGGCGAAAGAAGGCGAAGCACUGGACACAAAAUCAAUUCAAAAAUCGAAUGCACAAUUAUCAGAAAAAUACAAACCUCUUUGGAAAUGUUCAAAACGUUUUAUUCCUCCUCAGACUGACGGAUGAUCUGUUUUUACUCUAACAUUGGUUGUUCUGAAUCCAAAGUAAUUUUCAAGUGACGAAAAAGCAACAACAACAACAACAACAAAAAAGGCUCUAACAAGGAGCACACGUUCGCCCCUCGUGUAUUUCAUUCAGUCUCAGUCAGAACUCUCACAGAACGAGACAAACAAACGCAGGCGAUGAGGGAUGCACAGAAGCUUGCGCAGAACGUUUUUCCGCCCUGAAAGACCAACAUUGACGUCACGUAGUCCCCAGUCUAUCACGCGACCAUUUCAGAAACGUUUUCGUGAAGUUUUCGGAAAUGCUCGGAUUUUGAUCUUUUAUCUUUCUAUAAAGGCCUGGGAAGAAAAAUUUUUACCCAAAUCUAACUUAGGAUGGUUCUUUUUAGUGUUUGGUGAAGGUAAAGCGACAAAAGAAAAUAUGUCAAUUUUUUGGUUCAUUUGACCUUUAACCCUUUCACUACCAGGGGCCUUCAUGCAUGGUUUCCUGUUGUUCCCAGAGGCAAUUAGGAGAUUCAUCCCAAUAAGAGAGUAGAAAUCAAAACAUAUAUGCUCAGUAGCUUUUGAGACCCUUACUCAGUCUACUAAUUACUCAGAAUUCAAGGUUAAACAUUGUUUUAUUUAUUGACUUAGUUAUUACUAAGAAGCAAAUCAAGUACAGGUAUAAAAUAUGUUGUGAAGUUUUAUAUUUUGAAAAAUUCAAAGUUCCCGCCAUUGCUGUUAGCGUGUCACAUCACUGCAUCUCAUAUUCAUCAUUCAAUAUUCGAUAUAAUAAAUAUUAUAUACAGUACAAAGCUUUAAUAAUGCAAAGUUAUAACAUGUAGAAGUAAUACCGACAUUCACAUUACAAAUAACGAUCGCUGCUAUUGAAAAAAGAAUUGAAAAUUUAAGUCAGUGAGGUAAAUCAAAUUUCAUUGUGGUAGUCGCAGAAACACUGGUCUUGACAGAGUGCAACUCCGCACUGUUGACACAUAAAUUUUGUUUCAAUGGGAUAGUUUUUGGGAGUUUUCUUCCCUUUAGCCUUGCAGUUGACGCACUGCCUCUUACGGCCGUCGAUCUUGGUGGAAAUAUGGGUCAAUGGGGUCCGAGAGACAAGCGGCAAAGCGUCGCUUGCGGGUCGUUUUCUGGAGUUGAAAUUGCGGAUGAGUUGCUUUCCCAACUCAAGACGGAAAAGAUCUUGUGCACGUUUCACACGGCUUUCGGACUCUAAAAUAUAAGCGUUACAGGCAGCCAAAUUAAAAGAAAACCAAAACAGAUAUUUGUACCACUUUCUCGACUGCCUUCCAACAUAAUAAUACGAGCGAAGUUGAUCUACUCGGUCAACACCGCCCAUGUUCGCUGUGUAAACAUCCGAAACGCGUGGCUUCACGAUCUCAAUUUCCUUUCUUUUUUCUUUUCACUGUACAGUGCAUAUCGAUUAGUUUCUUCGACUAUCAGAUCAACUGUUUGCUCUCCAAAAACUUUUAAGAAAUAAUGGUCCGCCUUGGCAUCGUCCGGAGGGUUUAAACGUAAUCCAGGUUCACCAGAGAACUCGCUCACUUCAAAGUUUGAAAGUUCGAUCGUCCAUGGAGUUUCUGUUUCGGUGGAAUCCUCGCUUGUUUCGCUGCUUGUUUCCUCACUUUCGCUGUCGCUUUCUUCAUCCCGCCUGGCCUCAAAGCCCGUGAAGUCGAUGUCUGAAUCAUUCUCAUCAAAUCUUGUCCGAAUUUCCAAAGAUUUCCCUGAAUUGGUCUUCGCUAAUACUUGUUGGUGAUAAACGAGAGGCCAUGCUAAUCCGUAAUCGGUGGUUGAUUUUUUUGAAUUUUUUAAACGGUUGAGCGACUACAAAUCUCUUGAGUGAAGAACUCUUUUAUUCUGCGGCUAAUGCACACUUCAUUAGUAAGUUUUACAAUGCCUGUAUAUGUACCUAAAAAUCGACUGAAAUAGUUUUACACGAAUGUAAAAACACACCUACGGAUCUGCGUAAAGGAACUACAAACCUAGCGGUAGUGCGUGUAGGAAACAAGCGGAAAAUUUUUUCUCGAUGCGACAUAAUUAUUUCGUGCAUUGCACAAUAUUUUGGUGCCCAUAGCUUAAGCUAAAACAUUAUGAAUCCUUUCAAUCUAAUUCUUCACUGCAAUGUCCAAAUAUUUCACUGUAGUCUUUAUCGUUAAUUCCGUCGCGUACCGCCAUGUUGAUCAGUGUCGAGGUUGUGAAUGUUGUGUUUUUGCCUCUCUCAAGCUCCCUCAGGCCACGAGUUUAUUAUGCGCAGUAGCUGUAAUAUGAUUGGCUGAAAUGUCUAAAACAAUGGGACACCUUUUGUUUAGAGUUUCAAGCCUUACGGGGGAGGUGAGAGGGCAUCAAAACAAAGGCUGUUUCAGCGGCCGGUUAGGGCCGGCUUGGGAAUAAUUGCAUAUUUCUUAGCGGCCGGUUCCGGCCGGCUUGGGAGUGAAAGGGUUAAUGUCUUGUUGUAUUUUAUAGUGCAAGGGAUUUGUAUAUCAUUUUAUUUUUUUAUGGGCUUUUAUUUGCUGGCUUUGUUUGAGUAUGUCUGCUAAUUUUUAGUUUUUCAAAAUUUCAGCCUCCUUUGGAAAGUUUGGCAACAGUUGAAGAAACUGUUGUGAGGGACAAGGUAUGAGAAAAGCCAAGUUAAGUUUGUAAAUUGUGUGAUUAAAUGAACUCAUCAGUCCAGGAAAUAAAAAUAAUUUUUCUGAAGAUAUUAAACUUUAGGCUCAUAGGCCAACCUGAAUAUACAGUUGUAGAAGAAAGAUUUCCAUUUAUUCACUCUUUUCCUUGCAGGCAGUUGAGUCUCUCAGAACAAUUGCUGCAGAGCAUUCAAGCCAAGAUUUGGAAAAUCACUUUGUUCCUCUGGUCAAGAGACUAUCACAAGGUUUGUUAGGAUCUUGUGUUUCACAAAUAAGAAAUUAUCUGGCAUUUAUGUCAAGCCAAGGCAAAUAAUAAUAUAUUAUGAAGCUAAAAAAAUAUUACUUGCUCAGUAAGUGUUAGAAUGAAUUUGUUGUUAUUUGCAGGAGACUGGUUCACUUCAAGAACAUCAGCUUGCGGUCUUUUCUCUGUGGUGUAUCCUCGGGUUAAUGCAAAUCUUAAGGCAGAGCUAAGGCUGUAA